UUGACAACAUAGAAUUAAUGCAAUAGUACCGAAGAAGAAAACAUUUGUAGACGGUCCCUGGACUGUCUCAUAGCGAUCAAUUUUAGUCAGACUGGACACAAGACGGCUCGUUUUGAUAAAAGCUGGACUGUAGCUGUUUGUCUUUGUUGCCACGGUUGGAAAGAGGCAUGAUUUGCUUUACAACAACUAUUCGUUUGGGAGCUAUUGAGCUCGGAAGUUCGAAUCUGAAUAUCUUUCCAACUUUACCGCAGUUAGUAAGGCCGAGUUGUCUUCCAGGGUUACUAUGGCAACUCGACCAACGACUACUAGUGCCACGGAGUCACGAGUCAAGAAAAGUGUGUAUGGGUUAAAAACUCGCCUCGUUGCUGAGCAGUCACUUAGGUUUGCCCUGGCAACGACAAGCAGAGCACUAUUGAAUUACCAAAAAUGGGAGGCCAGCACCAAAUUAGCACACACUGACCGUCUUUACAUUCUUUGAGGAUACAUGGUUUCAUUCUGGUCUUUGGGAAAGUUCUGGACACUAAAACUAGAGGCGAAGGUUGGGAGAGCGAGAAUCCCCACAACCUCAAAGGUGACAUCUCUGCUGGUCUGCAACCAGUGAUGAUGACUGCUCUGGUACGAACUGGCACCAAGGUUUCGCUUCUGUGUGAAGACGGGGACAGGUUCCUAGAGAAUGGCGAUCUGAUGCGAGCUACCUCCAUCUACAUGUCUGCCUUCAGUACUCACGCUGCAACCACACUGUCACACAUGCGGCAAAUGGAGACAUCCAGCCUCCAGGGGGUCGUAUCCACUCUAGAAGGUUGGCUCGAUAAUAACCAGGAAGGUCAGCCUACAGAGAGUCUCAGUAAAGGUUUGGUAGCUGUCUUUCUGUCCACGCUCUGCCCCAAUAACCUGUCAGCCACCAUUUAUAAAAUGGAGUCUCUCCUUCAGAGCGGUGGGCAUGACUGUGGGGAGAUUUUUGCCCGCUGCACUGCCCUGCUCGAGGGGAAACAAAAGCCGAAUCCAGAGGGAGUUUGUUGUGUGGCACUGGAAAUAACUCGUGCCUUGGCCUGCUUGGUGUCAGAAGGAUACCAUGCUCAGGGUCUGAAGCUUUACCUCAACUCUUACAAGAGCAACAAAUGUGAAACUGUCAAACUGGUGAAGAGCAGACAAGCGUCUCAUAUAGCCAAAAUAGUCAAGGCCUCUACAGAGCAAAUGCAUCACUGGCAUCCCUCCAUGAUAUUGGACAGCGAGAGUGAAGUGUGCUCAAAGGAGUGCGGACAUUUGAAUGUGGAGGCUGCUUCUCUGCUGAUUGACUUCCUAUUGGAGCUGUCACCAGGUGAUAGUGAAGUGCAGGAGCUCCAGGCUGCACAUUUGUUUUUCACAGGCCAAUUUGGUAACAGCGCGGACGUGUACUCUGCUAUCUUACAGAAUGACUCUGGGAAGAUGGUUCAAGACUCAGCCAAGAGGCGAGCCAGGCUCUUAACCAGCCGAGCAGCCGCCUUCCUGUCAGGAGGCGUCCACAUUGACAAGGCCUGUGUGGAUUUGGGUGAAGCCUUUGGUGUACACCCUGCAUGUGCUCACAUGUACUUCCAAAAGCUCUUCACUGAUUUUGGUACUGGAGGGUCUGCUCGCAGCUAUCUUCGUCAGGAGGCUGAAAAGGGUCUAUGUGGUUUUCGGGAGAUGGUCAUUACCCGAGCAGACCUGAGGUCAACACAGGGAGUGGAACUUCUCGACCCUGUGCUUGCUCAGUUACGAACUCUUUGUCAUUUGGAGCCUCAUGGAGGAGGAAGAGAGCUGCGGGUGCGACUGGCCGAUUGUCUCCUACUAAAGGGGGAGCACAAAGAAGCUCUCUCUAUAUGUAGCCAGCUGGCCGCCACUAAAGACCAGCACAGCUAUCAGAACACAGUACAAGUUCUUUGUGGAUAUACGCGACUCCUCACAGAUGACCACAAGGGGGCUCUGGAGGACUUUCAGGCUGUGAUUGAGCACAGCGCCCCCCAUCCACCAAGCUGUGUGCGGGCGCUCUGUGGCAGGGGUCUGCUGCGGAUGAUGGCCGGCUUCCACUACCUCACAGCACUCGACUACGUGACAGCGACCCGAUUGCACCCUCAGGAGACGGCACUAACUGUUCGCUGUCUUGUUCCAUGGAACCUCCGGGGGCUGCUUUUCACUGUUUUACUGGAGCAAGGCCGAUUCAUGCUGGAGGGGGCUGGAGAGCAUCAUCCACCUUCAUGUGGAAACUCCCAGCAGCCGCAACAGGGGGGUCAGCUGCAGGUUACAUCAAAGCAAGACAGCCACAGAGAAGGGACUCCUGUAGGCGUCCACUCCCUGGCUAUGCUGCUCAUGGACCUCCAGCCCGACAAUGGUGGUCCUCAAAUCCUGGCCGCAGAUGCUUUAUACCAGCUUGGCCGAGUAGAGGAAGCCUACCGCCUGCUACUGCUUUGCAUUGGACCCAUCAGUCCCCGUGCGCCCAUCUUGGCCCGCCUUGCCCUCUUACAGCUGCAUAGAGGCUUUCUGUAUGACACCAAUCAGCUAUUAAAAAAGCUUGUUCAGUGCGGCGACACCAGUUGUUUACGCCCCUUAUUGUCAGUAGCGAAGAAGAAGGACCGAGUGCUGCUACAUGCACACUGCCACUCCACUGCCAAACGCAUCCUGGAGGGUACGAGAGACGAGAGCACCAUCAGGGAGGCAGUGGCCUACCUCUCCAUCGCUAUCAUAAUAUCUGGGGGUGAGGCGGCAGAAUCCCUGCUGGAACGAGGAAGGUGUUAUGCUCUUCUUGGCCAAAGAAAGACAGCCAUCUUUGAUUUCAGUGCCAUUAUCAAGGAACAGCCCAAACAUGUUCAAGCACUAUGUGGAAGAGGGUUCACUUACCUCCUGCUCAACCAGCAAAAGGAAUGCACUCAUGACAUCGUGGCCGCUCUGCAGAUAAACACUGAUGAGGUCACUGAAGUCCUCCUGUCACUCAAGGACGGAGCACGUAUACUGGUCUGUGAUUGGCUGCAUCAGUUCUGCAGAAGCAGCCUGUCAGAUGUCCUUGUCACCAAUGCUGUCCCCUGCCAUGGGGAACGACUCAGAGAUGUUUCCAUAAUCUGUGCUGCUCUGAUAAGGGCAGACUGCAGAGCUCCCAGAUGGCAUCUCCUCCAUGUUGACAUUCUUUUAGCCAAAGGUGAAGUGGAGGCGGCUGGUGCCCACCUGAGCCAGUGGUUUGGCCAGGAGCCGAGAGAUGCAGCGGCCCAGGCCAGGGUAGGUGUGGUGGAGGCCUGGCAGCGCAAGUCUUGCAGCGCAGCACGCAGGCUCAGCAUAUUUGCUGAGAAAGGGAUGUCAUGUUUGGACCUUUUGUUGGCGCUCAUCCCACUUAAUCAGAGGAAACGCCUAGCACAGGCAGCGGCACAGGAUGCCAACAUCAUGUCUUCAGAUGGAAGCUGGGAUCAGGCCCUCCCUCUUUUGACUGUGGCAGUACAAGCUGCAGACAAACAGAGACAUCAGUACAUUCGCGAGCGGGCUUCCUGCCUCGCUCAACUGGGCUUCCACGAGCGUGCCAUUGCCGACCUCGACCAAGUCAUUCAGAAAUAUGGUGGGUCCGACACCAGCUGCUCUGAAAACCCCCAAGUCUUGGCAGAAAGUCUUUGUCGACGCGGUCACAGCCUGGUGCUUUGUUCCAGAGAAGAACCAGCUCUGGAAGAUUUUAGCCGGGCUAUGGAGCUCCACAGGGAGCGGACCAUUCAAUGUGUGGAAGAAGGUGUGGGUCGGCUACGGCUGGCAGAGUGCUUUUUGCGGGGGGCACUGCAGCACUAUGGAGAGCAGCAGCUCAGCAAAGCUUGGACUUUAAUUGAGUGUGGCCUUGUUGUGGAUGGUGACAAUGCAGAACUCCGCAGAAUGAGAGCCAAGGUCAAGCGAGAAGUGGCUAGCCCAUGUAAUGUCAACUAGUGAGUCCUCAAACCAAAUGGUGAUCCAAUCAGCUAGCUUAUACAGUAGAAUAUCUUUAGUACAAUUACGCUUAACUCAAAAGCCUUAGUUCAGGCAUUCAAACAAUGAUCUUAAAUAAACAGUACAUAAAGGUUUGGGCAUGAAUUUUUGUUUGAGAAAAUAAGGAUGUGUUGUAAAACUUUUGACUGCUUUGCACUUCAAAAAGGGUUCUUUUUUUUAGGAAUCACACACUGUCACGCUGGAAUGAGACUAUAUUGCAUCAACAUGAACAGCACAGUACCUGUGCGAACCGUUUGACAAAACACAAUCUUUUUCAGGUUAGGGUUAGGAUGUAUUUUAUUUCAUAAAUAUCAUUCCAUGUUUUGUGCAAUGUUUAUCCAACAGUCUAAAGUACUAAAAUCUAAAAUAGUUAAUUAGAGUCUCUCUGUUGCAGCUCUAAAUGUAUUUUCUGUUUUACUGACCCAUUUAUAAACCAAUGACAUUUGUAUACAUUAGAAGUCUUCAUAUUUCUUUCUCAUUGUGCAAGCCAAACAUAAAGUCACGCAACUUAUUUGAAUGCAAACUACAAUAGAUAAGAAAGUGCCCAAUGUGCAGGAGUUAUGUUUUAAAGCUAGAGAAGGCACAAUUUUCCAUAGUCAUAUCCACAGUGGCAAAUACACCAUUCAUACAGGAAACAUGUAGGAAUUAUACUGUUCUUCAUAUUAAUAUGAGAAAACAUCUAAAUGUAUAUUCUUAGUAUAUAGAAAGCAGGAGUUAAUUGUCUUGAGUACACACUAGGGAUAAUUAAAUAUACAGAACACGCCAAAAGUUUGGACCCACGCAACACAAGGGUCCCACCCCCAUUAAGUAAC